AAUAGAGACGUAAGACAAAAUUAAAUAAAAAUAUGAAAGAAGCACUUUCUAUUUUGUGUCUUGCUCUUUUGGUUUCGGUUUCAGAAGCAGAAGUAACAAAACCAAAUUCUGAAAAUUUCAUUGAAUGCCUUCGCUAUCGGACAAGUUCGGAGAAUCCAAUCACCGAUUCCAUCUCCAUUGCCGAUAACACCACCACCUUCUUGUCUUCUUACUUGUCCUACACGAAAAACAAGAGGUACUCGAGCCCUAACUUCAAAAAAUUACUAGCCAUCGUAGCGGCGAAACAUGUAUCUCAUGUUCAGGCAACAGUGGUCUGCGCAAAGACCAAUGGUAUACAACUGCGUAUCCGAAGCGGCGGUCAUGACCUCGAAGGCCUUUCUUACAGGUCGUCUGUGCCAUUUGUCAUUCUCGAUAUGUUCAAUCUCAGAUCUAUUACUGUUAACGUAUUGAGCAAGAAAGCAUGGGUUCAAGCUGGUGCAACCUUGGGAGAGCUAUACGUAAAGAUUAACGAGGCAAGCCAAACGCUAGCAUUUCCAGCUGGCGUUUGCCCUACUGUAGGAGUAGGAGGGCACAUAAGCGGUGGAGGGUAUGGAAAUCUGAUGAGAAAAUUCGGAAUCACAGUGGAUCAUGUCAGUGAUGCUCAAUUAAUUGAUGUCAACGGCAAGCUCUUGAAUCGAGCUAGCAUGGGAGAAGAUCUCUUUUGGGCCAUCCGUGGCGGUGGUGGAGCGAGUUUUGGAGUUAUCCUCUCUUGGAAAAUCAACCUCGUCAAGGUUCCAAAGAUCCUGACAGUGUUUAAGGUUAAUAAAACAUUGGAACAAGGAGGCACUGAUGUUCUCUACAAGUGGCAGCUUGUCGCUACCAAGUUCCCUGAAGAUCUUUUCAUGAGAGCAUGGCCUCAGAUCAUAAAUGGAGCAGAACGUGGCGAUAGAACCAUCGCAGUUGUAUUCUAUGCUCAGUUCUUGGGUCCAGCUGAUAAGCUGUUGGCGAUAAUGAACCAGCGCUUGCCUGAAUUAGGGCUAAGACGUGAAGAUUGUCACGAAAUGAGCUGGUUUAACACGACGUUGUUUUGGGCCGAUUACCCUGCAGGUACACCGAAGAGCGUUCUUCUAGAUAGGCCAACGAAUCCAGGAUUCUUUAAGAGCAAAUCAGAUUAUGUCAAAAAACCAAUCCCAAAAGAAGGAUUAGAGAAGCUUUGGAAGACAAUGUUUAAGUUCAACAAUAUUGUGUGGAUGCAAUUCAACCCUUAUGGUGGAGUGAUGGACCAGAUUCCGUCGACCGCUACAGCAUUUCCUCAUCGUAAAGGAAACAUGUUCAAGGUUCAAUACUCUACAACAUGGUUGGCUGCAAACGCCACAGAGAUUAGCCUAAGUAUGAUGAAGGAGCUUUACAAGGUUGCGGAACCGUACGUGUCAAGUAACCCGAGAGAGGCAUUCUUUAAUUACAGAGACAUCGAUAUUGGCAGUAAUCCGAGUGAUGAGACAAAUGUGGAUGAGGCAAAGAUCUAUGGAUACAAGUAUUUCUUGGGGAAUUUGAAGAGACUCAUGCAAGUCAAAGCUAAAUAUGAUCCUGAGAAUUUCUUCAAGAACGAGCAGAGUAUUCCUCCUGUUCGUGUAAUAGAGUAACGUUACUCUUUGAUAAGAUUUAUUUAGUAGUAGUAAUAAGUGAUGUGGGCUUGUUAAAGCUUAAGUUUUCACUAUUGUCCCAUUUGCAUUAUGAUAGUUAUGUUAUAUUUGAUCUUUACUCAAUAAGUAAUUUCAUGAAAUCGGUUUUAAUUCCUUAUUACACAUUAGGAUAGAUCAGUUAUACUUUACCUCUAUA